AAUUCACGCUAAACACAGUUUAUUUAAGGGCAAUUUCUGCCUUGUUUUCGUUGGGUACAGCGCUAUUUUUUGCCUCUGCAGAUUAAAACACUUACAGCAGACAACGAGCAUACUUGAGCAAACAACACAAUCAGCUAUUGUGACAUUACAAGAGAUGUCAGAUCUGCUCCUCCUUCAGUGAAGCUCCUCCCACAACAAUCACACCUUCAUUGAAGCUCCUCCCAUAACAGGCUCACCUUCAGGUGAAGCUCUUCCCACAAUAGGCUUGCCUUCAAUGUAGCUCCUCCCACAACUUUCUCAACUUCAGUGAAGCUCCUCCCACAACAAUCACACCUUCAGUGAAGCAUCAGAAAGAAGUGAUAUCUUCGACAGAGUUUAUUGAAGGACAGAGAGAACAUGAGAGAUCCAGAACCCUGCAGAAUCAAACACACUGAAGAACAAACAGUUUCAGAGUUGAUUGAAGAAAACGAGGAGAAUGAAGAACUGAAUGAAGAGGAGAAGAAGCAUCAUGUCAAAACUGGAGAAAAAUCUUUGAGUCGCUCUCAGACCAAACAGAAAGAGUUAAAGAAAAGAAGAGAUGAGAAAUCUUUCACCUGCACUCAGUGUGGAAAGAGUUUCACAAACAAAAAGAGUCUCAAGAUUCACAUGAGAAUCCACACUGGAGAGAAACCUUACACAUGUGAUCUCUGCGGGAACAGAUUCACACAAUCAUCAUCCCUUAAGAACCACAUGAACAUCCACACUGGAGAGAAACUUUAUGAAUGUGAUCAGUGUGGAAAAACAUUUUUGAGGGCCUCAGGUCGGAAGAGUCACCUGAAAGUUCAUUCAAAGGAAAAACCACAUUCAUGUUCUUUUUGUGGAAAGAGAUUUUCACAUCUGCAGAGUUUAAAAGCACAUCAGAAGAUACACACUGGUGUGAAAGAUCAUAUGUGCUUUGAGUGUGAGAAGACUUUUAUUACAGCUGAACAUUUGAAACGGCACGAGAGGAUCCACACUGGAGAGAAACCUUAUAAGUGUUCAUACUGUGACAAGAGAUUCAGUCGAUCAGAACAUCUGAAAAGACAUGAGAGGAUUCACACUGGAGAGAAACCGUAUCACUGCACUGUAUGUGGAAAGAGUUUCACUGAUUCAUCUAAUCUACUCGUGCAUAACAUAAAGAUUCACAGUCAGUAGAUCAUCUUCAGAUCCAGCACUUUCAGGUCUGAU